AUGUCGUCCGGAGACAAUGGUCAGCCUAAUCCGGUCGGUAAUGGCCAACAAUCGUUGGGAAACGGCGAAGCGAUGCAUCAGCAGCCGUUCAUUCGUCCUCCGCAGCUUCAACAAGUGCCACCGAGACUGCCACCACCAAGUGAUCCGUAUAUCCAGUGCACACAGCAGCAACAGCAGUAUGUGACGGAGCUGUUUCGACAGCAGCAGGAAGCCAUUAGUCGGCAGCAGGAAGCUAUGAACCAGCAGCAACAGAUGUUCAUGCACCAGCAGGAGCAGUUACUUCGCAGCAUCAUGACCUCGAUCCAUGUACAAGUGCCACCGAAUCCGGAGACGAUACUGGACUCGCUUGCCAAUAAUGUGAAGGAGUUCAGGUAUGAUCCGGAGAGCAGUGUUACGUUUUCGGCAUGGUACAAGCGAUACGAGGACUUGUUUGAAAAGGAUGCCAGUCGUCUCGACGAGAGUGCGAAGGUUCGUCUGCUCAUGAGGAAGCUGGGAAUGUCCGAGCACGAGCGGUAUGUAAGCUUCAUACUGCCAAAAGCUCCAAAAGACUUUUCGUUUGCGGAAACCGUGAAGAAGCUCAACUCGCUGUUUGGUGCCUCGGAAUCCGUCAUCAGCCGCCGAUAUCGCUGUUUACAAAUUGUGAAGCAGCCAACCGAAGAUUACGUCACGUACGCUUGUCGCAUUAACAAGUCGUGCGUUGAAUUUGAGCUCACGAAGCUAACCGAAGAGCAAUUCAAAUGUUUAGUCUUCGUCUGCGGGCUGAAAUCCGACCAUUUCCGAGGAGUGCCAGAGAUGGUUAACCUGCGGCAUGACACGGAAAUGAUUGAGAAUCCGGCGUCUGUGAACGCCAUGCGAUCGUGGAAGCAGUUCAAGAAGAGUCCUGCGAAGUUCAAGUCGAGUUCCAGUAGCGAGAAAAGAAGCGGAAAUAGUGCCAGAAAACCAGAAGUGUUGUGUUGGUUGUGCGGAGCACCGCACUAUGCUAGAGACUGUUCAUUCAGGAACCAUAAGUGCAGUGAUUGUUCGAGAACCGGCCACAAAGAAGGAUACUGCCGGAGUGCCGAGAAAGUGAAAAGUGGACAGUUCAAUCGGCGUAAAGGACACGUAGACUCGAAGGUAGUGACAGUGAAUGCGUGCAGUGUACAGAAGCGUAGGAAGUUUGUGCCGGUAGUGAUGAAUGGAGAAACAGUGAGAAUGCAGUUGGACACUGGCUCCGACGUCACCAUUAUUUCAAGCAGAACAUGGAAGAAAAUCGGAAGUCCGCAGAUGGAUCCGUCAUCGAUAGUAGCGAAGGCCGCUACGGGGAAGCCGCUCGAACUGCUAGGUCAGUUUUCGUGCGACGUGAGCAUCGGUGAGAAGAACAUGCGCAGCCUAAUCCGAGUCUCCAAGGAAAACCUCCAUCUCCUAGGGUCGGACACGAUAGAAACGUUUGGAUUGUGGUCGGUGCCCUUCGAUACGAUCUGUGGGAAAGUCAGCAGCGAGUCGACGUGCGCAGAUGCGAUGAAAGCGAAGUUUCCAGAGGUGUUUUCCGAGAAGUUGGGCCUCUGCUCGAAGGCGAAGGUGAAGCUGGACCUGAAGGCUGGUAAAACUCCAGUUUUUCGCCCAAAGCGACCGGUUGCAUAUGCAAUGUGCCAGGCUGUAAACGACGAACUAGACCGUUUGGAGCAAGAUGGAAUCAUCUCACCUGUGGAUUACUCAGACUGGGCGGCUCCAAUCGUCGUGGUUCGCAAAGCGAAUGGAUCGAUUCGGAUAUGUGGCGAUUAUUCGACGGGUCUCAACGAUGCCCUGCAGCCCAAUCAGUACCCGCUGCCUCUGCCACAGGACAUUUUUGCGAGUCUGGCAAACUGUACCGUGUUCAGCCAGAUCGACUUGACCGACGCAUUCCUGCAAGUAGAAGUCGACGAAGAAUCACGGCAACUUCUAACGGUUAACACACAUCGCGGCCUCUACCAAUACAACCGGUUGCCGCCAGGUGUGAAAGCAGCGCCAGGAGCUUUUCAGCAAAUAAUUGAUACGAUGCUGGCUGGGCUGGAAUGUGUGAGUGGGUACCUCGAUGACGUGGUCGUCGGUGGAGUUGACGCAGAGGAUCACAAGAAGAACCUGGAAGCAGUGCUGCAGCGGUUGAAGGAAUUUGGAUUCACGGUCAGAGCCGAUAAGUGUACCUUCGGGAAGGAGCAAAUCGGCUACUUGGGACUGCUGAUGGAUCGUCACGGAUUAAGGCCAGAUCCGGCGAAGAUUGAAACAAUCCUGAAGCUUCCGGUUUCCACGGAUGUUAGUGGCGUUCGUUCGUUUUUGGGCGCCAUUAACUAUUAUGGAAAGUUCGUGCCGAAUAUGCGCUCUCUGAGGUUCCCGCUCGACGAGUUGCUGAAGGAUGGGGCCAAGUUCCAGUGGACAGCCGAGUGCCAGCAAUCGUUCGAUCGGUUUAAGGAGAUUCUGAGCUCGGAUCUCCUGUUAACUCACUACGACCCGAGGCGUGAGAUAAUAGUGUCUGCGGACGCAUCGUCGAUUGGAGUAGGUGCCACUAUAAGCCACAAGUUCCCUAAUGGCUCAGUGAAGGUUGUACAGCAUGCGGCACGGGCGUUAACGGAAGCCGAACAACGAUACAGUCAGCCGGACCGUGAAGGACUGGCAAUCAUUUUUGCGGUGACCAAAUUUCAUAAAAUGAUCUUCGGUCGCAAGUUCCUACUCCAGACGGAUCACGCACCCUUGCUGAGGAUUUUUGGAUCAAAGAAAGGGAUCCCUAUCUAUACCGCAAAUCGUCUACAACGAUGGGCGCUCACUCUGUUGUUGUAUGACUUUGUCAUCGAGUAUGUUCCGACGGAUAAAUUUGGAAAUGCCGACGUCCUUUCGAGGCUCAUCGAUAACCAUGCGAAACCGGAUGAAGACUAUGUCAUCGCCAGCGUAAUCCUGGAAGAAGAUAUGAGGUCGGUAGUGAAUGAAGCUUCUAAUGUUAUCCCGCUGAGUUUCAAGGUUAUCGAAAAGGACACCCAAUCGGACCCGAAGCUUCGGAAAGUGUAUCGCUACCUGCAAGACGGUUGGCCGGAGAAAUCCAAAAUUGUGGACCCAGAGAUAGCUCGUUUCCAUGCUUGCCAAGAAUCGCUGAACACGGUAGGUGGAUGUAUUAUGUUCGGAGAAAGACUGCUGAUUCCUGAGAAACAUCGAAACCGAUGCCUGCUGCAGCUUCAUCAGGGACAUCCAGGCAUCCAGCGGAUGAAGGCCAUUGCUAGGAGUUUUGUAUACUGGCCUUCCUUAGAUGAAGAAAUCGUUGCGUACGUCAAGUCCUGUAAACAUUGUGCGUCUGUAGCAAAAUCGCCGCCUGUUCCAUGGCCAAAGCCAACUGGUCCGUGGAAGCGGGUUCAUAUAGACUAUGCGGGACCGAUAGAUGGAGACUACUUUCUUCUGGCCGUUGAUGCGUACUCUAAAUGGCCGGAGAUUGUUCAAACGCGACGGAUUACAUCAGCAGCAACGAUCAGCAUCCUGAGAAGUCUAUUUGCUCGUCUCGGAAUGCCGGAAGUAGUUGUCAGCGACAAUGGUACACAGUUUACGAGCAUAGAGUUCCAGAAGUUUUGUGUCGACAACGGAAUACACCACGUUACCACGGCUCCGUUCCAUCCUCAAUCCAACGGACAAGCGGAGAGGUUCGUGGAUACCUUCAAGCGUUCGGUGAAGAAGAUUCAGGAGGGGAGGAAUACAAGUACGCUGCAAGAAGCAUUGGACGUUUUUCUGUUGGUGUAUCGAACAACCCCAAACCGGCAAGUCGUCGAUGGAAAAUCCCCGUCCGAAGCGAUGUUCGGACGCCGCAUACGUACGAAUUUGGAUCUACUUCGUCCUCCACCUGUUUCAUCUGCCGUUGCAGCCGAACCAGAGCAAGACUCACAGAAGCGUCGCUUUGCUGCACAUGACCUUGUGUAUGCGAAGCUGUUUACCAAAAAUAAGUGGCGCUGGGCCCCAGGCGUGGUCUGCGAACGUGAGAAGAACAUGCGCAGCCUAAUCCGAGUCUCCAAGGAAAACCUCCAUCUCCUAGGGUCGGACACGAUAGAAACGUUUGGAUUGUGGUCGGUGCCGAAGCGAUGUUCGGACGCCGCAUACGUACGAAUUUGGAUCUACUUCGUCCUCCACCUGUUUCAUCUGCCGUUGCAGCCGAACCAGAGCAAGACUCACAGAAGCGUCGCUUUGCUGCACAUGACCUUGUGUAUGCGAAGCUGUUUACCAAAAAUAAGUGGCGCUGGGCCCCAGGCGUGGUCUGCGAACGGAUUGGCCUCGUUAUGUACAGCGUAUGGGCAGAGGAUCGUCGGUUGA